AUAUACUUUCAAAUGAUGGCAUUUGGCUUAAUUUUCUUGGAAACACCUUUUAUUGCAAUUUUUGGUCUUUUUUUAGGCUCCACAACAUCUUCUUCCACCAUCCAUAAUGAAGCUGAGCUUGGCGAUGAUGACGUUUUUACGACAGCUACAGACAGUUCUUCUAAUUCCUCUCAGAAGAAAGAACAACCUACUCGGACAAUUUCUUCUCCCACGUCUUGUGAGCACCGGAGGAUUUAUACCCUGGGCCACCUCCACGACUCAUACCCCACGGACCACUGUCACCUUGAACAGCCGAUGCCAAGGCCCUACCGGCAGGUGAGCUUCCCCGACGACGACGAGGAGAUCGUGCGCAUCAACCCCCGGGAGAAGAUCUGGAUGACGGGGUACGAGGAUUACCGGCACGCGCCCGUGAGGGCCAAGUACCCGGACCCCUCCGAGGACGCGGACUCCUACGUGCGCUUCGCCAAGGGCGAGGUCCCCAAGCACGACUACAACUACCCCUACGUGGACUCCUCGGACUUCGGCCUGGGCGAGGACCCCAAAGGCCGGGGCAGCGGCGUGAUCAAGACGCAGCCGCCGCGGGGCAAGUCCCGGCGGCGGAAGGAGGACGGCGAGCGCUCGCGGUGCGAGUACUGCAGGGACAUGUUCAACCACGAGGAAAACCGCAGGGGCCACUGUCAGGACGCCCCCGACGCCGUGAGAACUUGCAUCCGCCGGGUGAGCUGUAUGUGGUGUGCGGACAGUAUGCUCUAUCACUGUAUGUCGGACCCCGAGGGAGACUAUACAGACCCGUGCUCGUGCGAUACUAGCGACGAGAAGUUUUGCCUCCGGUGGAUGGCCCUUAUUGCCUUGUCUUUCUUGGCCCCCUGUAUGUGCUGUUACCUGCCCCUGCGGGCCUGCUACAACUGUGGAGUGAUGUGCAGGUGCUGCGGAGGGAAGCACAAAGCGGCGGUAUGACUCAGCUCCCUCCCUCCCGUGCAGGGAGCUGGCUCUCACAUAACCCCCCUGCCCACCCAUUCCCUCCCACCCAAAGGAGCCAGGAGACCGAGAGGCCUCCCAGCUUCCUGGUACCUUAAGGCACCUUUCCGGCCUCGGGAACCUGCCUGGUGGACUCUGCAUUCCCCCCAGCCGCCCACUCUGCAUCAGCCACACACCCAUGCAGUGUUCUGAGGAAAGGAACCUUCUUAUAGACUCGCCUGUACUAUUAUUAACCUGUAAUCAAGCUUACUCUGACACACGUUGUUGAUUUCCUGUUUUUCCACCCCACCUCUUCCAGUUCAAAGGUGCCUGCAGUAGAACUGCUGAUUUUUGGUGGGUUUUAUAGUUGGUUUUUCCAAGAGCGUGGAAGACUGUCUUUCCCCUUGGAUUCAGUUUGCCUGUUGCUCGUGAGAACGGAGUUCCUGCGGCCACGGGAUAGCAGAGUGACGAAACCCUACCAGAAGUAUUUUAACCUGCAGUCAGUUAUUAUGUAUAUCAGAGAUGAGCUAGUUAACUUCUACCACAAAACCAGAGCGCUUUAACUUUUUAUAAAGCCAAAUUUCCCAUGCAAGCUGCAGUUUCUAUCUUGAAUCUAUCAUCAUUUUUUUCUGCAAACUUCCCCCCAUUUGUCAGUUAUCACUGAUACAAAACAUUCACCCAUAACAUGAGAAUUUAGCCUUAAUUUCAAAUUAACCGUGAAAAUCAGGAAAAUUCCUUAAACUGUAUUGCAUCCUCUUGGAUCAGGGUUAGAAAGGAAAUUUCAGGUUUCGCUGAGCCUCCCCAGUUACCCCUGAAGUAGAACUUACUAAAAUUGUGUGCCCACCACAUCUAAAAAUUUAACAAUAUUAGAAGAAAAUGCUAAUGAAGAAAUUAUUUACUCAUUGUUUGGCAAACCAGUCUAUUCAAACAAAUUAGUGUUCUCCUAACCAAGGUCCAUUGAGGAACACUAAGGUUGUGGUAUAUCAAACUGCAGGAGCUUUACAUACACACACACACACACACACACUAUUUUCUGUUAACCGGGAGAAAGGGGGAUUCUAAAUCAUAAAUUUGAAGAGUGGUGGGUUGCAUUUUGUUUGUGGGUUCAUGUUUUGUUUUCACUUUGGAGUCAAUUUCACGUCACCAAAUUCUUCAUUUAUACUUGGGGAAAAAACAAGGCCAUAUAUGAAAACCCUUUCAAUGCCUAAGUGUCUUUUUCCUGCAACUCCAAACCCAGACUUGCCACUUUGGGUGCACAGAGGGUUAGUUUAGCAGGCUGGGUCUACCUGUCGCCUUGCCACAUAGCUUCUAAUAAGCUGGAAAAGAGUAUUUUUCUAAUAUAUUGCAAGGAAUAGCCAAACCUUACUACAGAAAGAAAAAAAGUGAAGAGUGAUUACCUGUACCUAGCAUAGUACAAUCAGAACGCCGUGGAAACCAUAGGGAACAGGCUUGUCCACGCUGGCUGUUCUCCCCACGGUGAUAUUCCCGUGGUAACUGCCAGCCAAAGGCAUGGCCUGAUCCUUCUCUCCCCACUUCCCCCAUCCCUUCUUUAUUGCACACAGGACAUCAGUCUUCAAGGAAACGACUUUCCAGUCUGCCAAUCGUAUUGGGAAAGGACUAGCCACAUUCAGUUUCAUGGGAAUGUUUUCAGCUCUGCUGAAACAUUUCAGCCUGUCAAUUUCUUUAGUCAGACCAUCGGUGUAAAUACCCAGGAUGCUUCUAAGUUAGUUGGUAGAUGUUUGCAUUUGUGGAGUGACUGGUUUGGGCCUUCCAGUUUGGACAAGGAGCAGAGAGCUGUCAGUCUGGUGAUGGAAGAGAAAGAAACACUUCCUGCCUGGGAAACAUCUAGAAAACCUUCAGCCAGCCUCCAAACGUUGUCAAGAGACCACCAUUCCUCCUCUCCCCCUCACCCCCGAGGUAUUUCCUCAGGGUCUUUUUCAAGGUCUCCUCUCUACAAAGCACAACACUAAUGUAUGUUUUGUUAGACCUCAGUUCAAGUGCCCCUAUUUAUUUCAAUAAGAAUACACACAUCCCCGCCGCUUUUAUUUGUCAUCUCUCUCUAGUCUUCUGAUUGCUUCUAUCUUCCAUUCCCCCUUGUCUUUUUUCACCCCUUUGAAGAGUUAUGCUAGUGAAUCUUAACUCUGAGGAUACUUUUUAGGUUUGUGAAGGCGGUGGUUAAGGGCACAAGGACAGCCCCGGGGACAUUAAUGUAAAUACGUCUCUCCUAAUCACCACACUGCAGCUAAACAGUGUGUAGAGUUUUCCCAGUCAGCUUUGCCAUACUGACGUCAAUCAUUUGAGAGAAAUUAUUCAGAUUUUAUUUUUGUAUCUGUGGUAACAAAACAUUAACCAAAAGAUUUUCUGUUGGGAAGCUUCCCCUGACACCCCCCCCCCCCCAGCUAUUUGCUCACAUUAACAAAUUAAAGUGCCUGAAGCAUAAGUCAUUCUUUACCUGUAUACUAAAAACCCUGUUGUAUUGAUUUUUUAUAAGCCUUUUUACCUCUGUGUAAAAAUAUAUAUAUACAAGUGUAUGAUGUACAUUUUAGUUCUUAACUUUUUUUUAUGGUUUCUAAUAUGUAUGACCAAUGUAGCCAUUGCUUUAAAAUGUACCGUGUAAAUAUACAAACAUCCUAUCAGAUCACAGACUUUGGGGUGUUUAUCUGACUGGAGGUGGUUGGCUGUUGCACCUGGGCAGGCAUGGGAGUUCUUGAACACAGGAUGGGAAGGGGUUUCCUUUGGAGAAGGAUGUGUGGACACCAGUCUGUUUUUGUGAGGCCUUCCCGCCUAUGGUUAUGUCAUAUUCCCCAGGGGAGACUGCAGCUCCUUGGGCUGAGAUGCCUCAAGUGAAAGGAAUGCUGUAUGUCACCACCCGGGGAACACCCCCUCUUCCUAGUCCUGGCUUCCCCCACGCGUGCUCCUCAGAGGGAACAGCUGUACUUCCUCUGAGUUGUUUUCCUCUGAUUCCUGCUGAACCCCUGUGUGUGUGUGUGUGUGUGUGUGUGUGUGUGUGUGUGUGUGUGUGUAGUUGAGAAGAGAGUUUUUCACAGAAAACAAAUGUUAAAAUUGCAAGACCCUUGGACUCAUUGGAGAGGUCCUGUUUCAGUGACAUUUGGCCCACUUUCCCUUCCAAAUGGGCUCUUUGGAUGCUCAAAAGUUACAAUAACAAUUCCCUGGAGGAGAUAGAGUAUGGGGUCUUGCAAGGGUCACAAAGGAAAGUUUCAGCUCCUUCUGCUAGAGAACAGAGUAGGAGCCUUAAAAAGAGAUGUAUAGAAGGGCCCCUCCAUCUUAGUUUUAACUCUGCCUGAAAGGGGUAACUUUUCCAAGCCACUGGCAAAGGUGAAAAGCAACAGGAGAUGCUAUGUGUCAGAAAGUGAGUGGACAGAAAGCAGUCUUGAAGAUUAGUAACUAAGAGAGUAGAGAAGUUAAUGAAAACGGCUCCAUUAACACCAGAAAGGCAUACACCAAAUUAUGGUGGUGUGAAGAAGCAAAAGGAAGUAAAAAUAUAAAAUGUAAACCAAUUUUUCAAGAAGUUUGAUGGUAAAAGAACAAUGGGGUUUCUCGGAAGUAGAACUGAUGAAUUGAAAAAUAGUAUCUGCCAAGAUAAUAUCUGUGUAUUUACAUGUUGUUAUGACAGUUAAUCCUGAAUAAACAUGUGAUUUUAAAAAGUGAGAAAACUUGGAAGGUACCUCCAGAGCUGCAGUAGGGAAGGAAUCCUAAAAUUUUACUUGACCUGGCCCUAUUCAAGACACGUCCUUCUCAUGAUCCCUGUUUACAACCGUGGAGCUGAAGCUUACAAAGGGUAAGUAACUUAGAAAGGGUAAGGCACAAGGAGGUAUAACGUACCUAUAGUGAUGAGAGGCAAGCACCAAACCUGAGCCCAGGUCCUGACCAGACU